AUGAUCCUGGACAGAACCAUUUCAGUCCACAUCAUCUUCCUCCUUGGGGUCAUCCAGUGCCUGAGAGGGUAUAACUGGGAGCAGGCAACGGCCAGCUCUGUUUUCCAGCAGGAGCCAUUUGUGGUGGUGUGGAACUUGCCCACAGCCAAGUGUCGAGAGCAUUUUGGGAUCACCCUGCCUCUGGAAGCCUAUGGCAUUGUGGAGAACAAGGACAAUGCUUUUCGUGGCCAGAACAUAACCAUUUUUUACAAGAACAAGUUUGGGCUCUAUCCCUACAUCUCCCCAGAUGGCAAAUGGCACAAUGGAGGGGUACCUCAGAACGUCGAUCUGAAGAAGCACCUGGAGACGGUCUCGAGAGAUAUUUUGGAAAUCCUGAAGCCUGAUUUCCAGGGACUGGCCGUGGUGGACUGGGAGGAGUGGCGGCCUCUCUGGAGGCGGAACUGGGGUGCCAAGAACGUCUAUAGGGCGGCCUCUAAAAAACUGGCACGGAACAGAAGGCCUGAUGAACCCCUCACGGAGCAAUCCUAUGUUGCGGAGAUAGAGUUUGAACAGGCAGCUCGGGCCUUCAUGGAGAGAACUCUAGAAAUGGGGAAGUCUCUGAGGCCACAGGGAUUCUGGGGCUUCUAUGGGUUCCCUGACUGCUUCAAUUACAACUGGGAGAACGAAGAGAACUACACUGGUCAUUGCAACCCCACAGAGGUCCAGUGGAAUGAUCAUCUCAUGUGGCUCUGGAAGGUUUCAUCUGCCCUCUAUCCCAGUAUCUACCUCCCACCAAAGCUCCCAACAUCUUACCACCAGCGUUAUGUUCAUGACCGCCUCAAAGAAGCAUUUCGCGUGGCACAGUUUGGUGUGAAGCAGCCUCUCCCUGUGAUUGCAUAUUCCAGAGUCUCCUACAGACAUUCUUCACGGUACCUGACUGAGGCUGACCUGGUGUAUACAAUUGGAGAGAGUGCAGCACUUGGGGCUGCUGGGGUUGUGCUCUGGGGUGACCUCUCCUAUUCCCAGUCACCGGAGAGCUGCAGGAGCCUCAAGCAUUACAUCACCACGACGCUGGGCCCAUACAUCGUCAAUGUAACCACAGCAGCGCGCAUGUGCAGCCGUGAGCUGUGCCACGGGCGUGGACGUUGCGUGAGACGGGACCCCAGCGAACAGGAAGCCUUCCUCCACCUGGACCCGCAGCAGUGGGAAGAGGAGUCCUCAUUGGCAGAUUUUCCAGAUCAAGACAUGUCCGCAUGGGAACAAUUUCAGUGUCACUGCUAUCCUCAGUGGACUGGUGCCUCGUGUGAGAAGCCGCUGUGGCUGGAGCCCUUCCAAGGACCGGAGUGUAGUCGAGCUGAACAGUAUUACAAUAUACUUCAUGCAGGGACCUUGCCACAGAUGGGGAAAAGACUACUUACUGUAAGCAAAAGGACAGUUAGCCUGCAGUGUGAUACAAUAGCAGCACCUCCAUCAAAAGAGUAGCCCUGGAAGCAUGCGCAAAGAGGACCAAGACUCAUUCUCCAGCAUCUCCUGUUUAAGGUGCUAUCAGGGCUGGAAAUGGCAUCUGCCAGAGACCAUGGGGAGCUACGGCCAAUUAAAGUGUGGGGCGAGAUGGACCAAUAUAAGGCAGCUACAUAUUUUUAUAUGCUGAAGUGUGUGUCUGCCGGUAUGCUAAUCUACCCUACGUGAGACCAAAAUAUCCUGCACCAGAUUCACCUAAUAAGACCUGCUAGCAGAAGCCCUGCACAAGAGUUUCUGCAAGUGCUUUGGGCCUUUCCCCUCUCUUGCCCCCAUUUGCCACCCCGCUCCCCUCCCCCAAUUGGCUUGGGGGUGGUGAUGAGAACCCAGAACCAUGGCACGCAGGGGGUGGGGGAGGAGAGGGGAAUUGCUGUGUUGGCCAAGCUGAAAUGCUUCCACUGGUAGAAUGAUUGCCAUGGUACUACAGUGGUACUUCGCAAGACGAAUGCCCUGCAAGACGAAUUUUUUGCAAGACGAAUGCGUCUUGCGAUCUGAUGGCGACUCGCAAGAUGAAUUUGUUUUGCGGAAAAAUUCACCUUGCGAAUCGCGGUUUCCCAUAGGAAUGCAUUGAAAUUUAAUUAAUGCGUUCCUAUGGGCAAAUAAAGAAAUUUCAAUGCAUUCCUAUGGGAAAGCGCGAUUCGCAAGAUGAAUUUUUCGCAAAACGAAUUGACUCACGGAAUGAAUUAAAUUCGUCUUGCGAGGCACCACUUAUGUUGAAUUCUUCCCCCUGACUUUGUGAAUUUCUCAGUUCCUGGGAGGCUCUGGUCCAAUUGCCUAGCUUUUGGAAUGCAUCUGUGCUGGGUUUUUGGCUCCUUAAAUACACCACAUGUUUCUUUUUUUCCUGUCUCAGCAAUUCCAAGUAUUGGUGUCACUAAAUCUUAAAAUCAUAAAAAAAUGAAGGUUAGAAGACUCAGUGGAGUCAAGCAUCCUUUGCCAAACAAGCUUCCAAUAAUCCCACAAACAGAGCAAGACAUCAACCCACCAACCCAGUUGUUUGUACUUUUGCUAUCAUGAGAUAUUCACAAGCACGCUACCCUGGAAUGUGGUAGGUUUCAAUGCCGAGUCCAAUUCAGCUAUUAUGGCUAAUUCCACGAGUUAAAAAGAACCUAGAAAGAUCACAUCUCAGCCCAGGCUGGCAUUGCAUCAAGAGAGAAGGGUUUCAAUGCUUCGUCCAAAAUAAUGCAUCCAACAGCUUCCAAGAAUAAUUAUAGAUAACAUCCCAGCUCCAUUAAUACAUUUCUUCACAAGACAGGCCACACUCAUUGCUUCCCCUUCCCUUCUAAUCUUCAAGUAGCUAAAGCAGAAAGUUAAGGAUGGUGUAAUGGUAUGAAGAUUUAAUGGGCUAAAAAUGGAUUAAACAUAACUUCAAUAAAACAAUCUUGAAAACAAUUCUUUGUGGUUUUUAAAAUAGCCAUAAAAGCAAUGUAAGUUUCGUUUUCUGCUUUAUCUCCUUUCUGGAUUCUUAGUUUAGGAGCUUUGGAUUUUUAAAUCUAAAUUCUGUCCACGAAAUGUAAAAUGAUAUUAGCAUUCAACCGUGCUUGUUUUGGGGGCAAGCCCAACUUGAUAGGAAAAGUUCAAAAGAUCAUUUUCUGGUUGGUUCUGCCUGAAAGGCUACAGAAUAUGUUUCCAUAUGACUGAAUUGGCUUAUCUGGGUGUUGUAGGGCUGAUCCUUAACUGGGAAAAUGGCAAGAUCAAGUCAUACUACUCUUCUUGUUUUUGCUCUGGGACUGGGUGUCCUCCUUUUCAGAACUGGAAUUGUUCAAGGCUUUUGUAGUGUUUUGCAUAAUUAUUGAAUAUCAUCCACUAUACAGUGUCAGCCAGCAAAUUUUAAGUAUCAGAUAAAUGGUGAGAUGACAAAUACGGAUUCAAAUAUCAAAGGGCAAAAUGUAAAUGAUCAAGGUGUUUCCCCUGCCAGGUAAGUAUGCAUGACACAUGCAUGACAUUGGGUUUUUUAUAUAUAUAUUUGUGGGGUACAUUUGUUUUCACACUUGUUUUUGUUUGAAACAAGGCGAAAAGUUACCUGAAGAUGUUUCUUCUGGUUCUAAGUAGGUAGAAUCUAUACAGAAUUACAUAUGGAAAUAUACAAGUUUGGCUCCCUGGGCAAAAAAUCUCAGUCUUGCACUAUUCACUGACUCCCAUUGAAGUCGAAACAAAAUAAUAAUAAUAAAAAUUUCUUCCAGUAGCACUUUAGAGACCAACUAAGUUUGUCAUUGGUAUGAGCUUUCAUGUGCAUGCACACUUCUUCAGAUACACUGAAACAGAAGUCACCAGAUCCCCACAGUGGGGAGGGGCACCACGCAACAGGGUGGUGGGAAACCGGACUGAAGUGUA